GAUAUUGUGAAGGACACGAAAAAGAAGCGUUUCAGUGCUGGAUGCGUUAUCUCGGUGGGCCUGCAGUGUUUGGAAGCUAUCGAAGAGCUGCACCGGAUUGGGUUCAUACAUCGUGAUAUAAAGCCAUCAAAUUUCACAACUGGUCGCAGCAGUCUAAUUCAUGGCGUUCGCAAAAUCUAUCUGAUUGAUUUUGGCUUCAGCUUUCAGUAUGUCGAUUCGAACGAUCGUGUCAAACGCUUGCACAAAAACAUGAGUUUCAAAGGAACAAUGCGUUAUGCGGCACUGGCAAGUCACCUGGGGCGUCCACCGAGCCGUCGCGAUGAUCUGGAAUCGUGGAUGUACCAACAGGUGGAACUUACUAAAGGAGUACUGCCAUGGAAAAAUGCUGAAGACGAGCUGGAUAUUAUAAGCGCCAAAGAAAGUGUGCGAACGAACGACGGUAUGCACAAGCUGAUGCGAGCCUGUCCAAAGAGUUAUGUGGAUAUAAUGAAAUACAUUGCCAGUUUACACAAGAGGAGCAGGCCAGACUACGAUUACAUCUAUAAAGUGCAUAAUUUACUUUAA